AUGAUCAAUCUUACCCGUGCUUCUCUACUAGAGAAAGAGCACUGGGACAAUCUCCUACCCCUAUCGCCGACCAUCCACGUCUCCAAGAUUUCGACAGAUGGAACACAUAGAGAUCCCCUCGGAGCAGUUAAAGAAAGGCGCGAGGACCAACCUUGCGUCUCCGUUCAUCUCUGUACCGAAAAGGACUGGAAAGGCGAUUGCUGGUGGGCCUGUUUCCGAGAUGGCCUGGAGACGUACCCUAACUGUGAUUGGGGUGGCAAAGUCAAGUCCGCUCGUCCAGGCGAAGGUGCAAUGUGCAAGUUCUUCUUUGACCCGGAUUGUAGUAUGCGAACGAAGAGGCAAGAUAUGAAAUGGCCUGGGGGGAACUUUGAGGGCUUGGGUGACUUUGGCGUAGGGUGCUUUUAUUGCGUGAUGGAGGGAUCAAAGAAAUCAUACUCGAAUUCAAGUUGA